AUGAUCUCUGCUGCAGAGGACCUGGUGAAAUCACACUUUGCCAAGCUCAGAGUGGAUCCCUCGCAUGAUUGGCAUCACGUUCAUCGAGUACGACAAAUGUCCAUUUGGCUUUCCCGAUGUCCGUCCUUACCAUCUCAACCGGACAUGAUCACACUGGAACUCGCAGCUCUUUUUCACGACAUGGCGGAUGCCAAGUACGACCCGACCGCCUCCGCUCGCACGCUAUUGUCGCCCUUUCUCUCGCGGUAUCCUCAAAUUCUUGAAGAGGAGCAAGUCAACCUGAUCAUUCGGAUAGUUGAGAAUGUGAGCUGGAGCAAAGAUCAAAAGCGCAGAGCAGAGCGACAGAAGCGCGAAGCUGCAGGCUUGGAAGAGACGGCAGAAGAAAGAGAAAGAACGAAGUGGGAGGAGAGCUGCUCUGAGCUUGCUUGUGUUUCGGAUGCUGACCGACUGGACGCCAUCGGAAGCAUGGGGAUUCUCAGAGUUGCGGCUUUCUCAGGCGCAAAGGAUAGACCUCUUCACAUACCACCUGCGAACCCAGCAGGGGAUAGCGUGCCUCCAGCAGAACAAGGCGAAGGCUACAAUUCUUCGGCCAUUGCUCACUUUCACGACAAACUACUGAAGCUCAGAGGCGAAAGAUUGCGAACAGAGACUGCCAAGCAGGAAGCUGAGCGUAGACAGAUGAUGAUGAAGUCAUUCCUGGACGAGCUGGAUCUUGAAUGGCAAAUUGCGGAUCAAGGUGCCCAGCUUGCUAUACUCGAGGGAUAA